AUGAGCUUGUUGCACAAUAUAUGGGAUGAAACGGUAGCCGGUCCACCGCCGGAAAAUGGUCUUGGCAAGUUGAGAAAACAUAUUUCUGGCAAUAAUGUCACAAUAAAUGGUCUGCUGAAGUUGAUGGUGGAUCCUGGUCGUGUCCCGGAUUCUCCUGUCGGGUCAAGUAAUCCAGCUUCUCCUUUGACCCGUUCUUCCACGUGUCCCCCUACUCACCGACGACGUCUCCUUUCCGUUACCCCCACCCCCGAACAGAAUAUUAAGCCAAACCCUAACCCUAUCUCCUUUCACGACAUUCUGACGAGAUCCGGCGGAAUCAAAUUCAUGGAAGACGAAGAGGAGAUCCGAUCGCCGCACGCCUCGCCGAUGGGUUCCGAUUCACCUGAUCCGUCUUCUUCCCCGCCGGCGGGACGAAUCACGGUAACGGUGGCUUCCGCUGGUCCGCCUUCUUAUUCUCGGACACCUCCGGCUUCUUCGUCUCACCAGAAGGAUCCGGACGCGUUGGCUCUGGCGCUGCUCCCGAUUCAUUCCAGCGGCGGUGCCGGAGGCAGUAGCAGCAACGGUAGACCAAGCGGCGGCGGCGGCGGGAGGGAGGAUUGCUGGAGCGAAGAGGCCACGGCUGUGCUGAUUGAUGCGUGGGGGGAGAGAUACUUGGAGCUCAGCAGAGGGAAUCUGAAACAGAAGCACUGGAAAGAAGUGGCUGAGAUCGUGAGCAGCAGAGAGGAGGAUUACCGGAAAAUCCCGAAAACCGAUAUACAGUGUAAGAACAGGAUCGAUACGGUGAAGAAGAAGUACAAGCAAGAAAAGCUGAGAAUCGCCAACGGCGGUGGCCGUAGCAGAUGGGUAUUCUUCGACAAGCUCGACCGUCUGAUUGGAUCAACGGCCAAGAUCCCGACGGCAUCUCCUCCUGGUAUCAGCGGUGGUGGAAAUCCUGGAGGAGGAUUGCAUAAGAUUCCUAUGGGUAUUCCGAUGAGCAGUCGUUCGAAUCCGUACCAUCAGCAAGCGAAGGCUGCAACGCCACCGUUUCAUAAUCUUGACCGCCUAAUUGGAGCCACAGCUAGGGUCUCAGCCGCUUCGAUCGGCGGCAGUGGCGGAGGAGGAAGCAGAGGAGGAGGAGGAGGAUCGGUCAAUGUACCAAUGGGAAUUCCGAUGAGCAGCCGUUCAAAUCCGUUUGGUCAGCAAGGGAGGACGCUGCCACAGCAACAGCAUCAAGGGAUGAUAGUGAAAACGUGCAGCGAAUCUAAACGCUACCGUUUCAAGAAGAGAAACGCCUCUUAUUCAGACUCGGAAUCAGAACCAGCGAUGUCAGAUGAUUCCGGCGACAGUUUACCGCCUCCUCCUUUGUCGAAGAGGGUGAAGACGGAGGAGAAGAAGAAGCAAGAAGGUGGUGAUGGAGGAGGAAACAAGUGGAGGGAGCUGACUCGUGCAAUCAUGAAAUUCGGCGAAGCUUACGAGCAGACAGAGAAUGCGAAACUACAACAGGUGGUUGAUAUGGAGAAAGAGAGGAUGAAGUUCUCGAAGGAGCUUGAGUUGCAGAGAAUGCAGUUCUUUGUGAAGACCCAACUUGAGAUAUCACAGCUUAAGCAACAUGGAAGGAGAAUCGGAAACAGUAGUAAUGAUCAUCACAGCUGCAAGAACAACAACAACAACAACAUCAAUGCGAUUGUCAACAACAGCAACAGCGAUGUGGGUAACUAG